AUGUCCUUCCCCCCUCAACUUUUGCAGUCUGUCGAUAGUCUAAGGGAACGCGCAAAAGAUGCGUUGUAUGCACUCACAUCCUGUCUCUGCCACCCUUCCGCAAAGGUGAAGAUCAAUGGACGGACUUUCAAGAUACUAAAGGUGCUUGGAGAGGGUGGCUUCUCAUUUGUAUACCUGGUUCAAGAUGAGGAUAGUGGCCGCCAGUUUGCACUGAAGAAGAUCCGCUGCCCCACAGGGUCAGAAGGCGUCAAGGAAGCAAUGAGAGAGGUGGAGGCAUAUCGGCGCUUCAAGCACCCAAAUAUCAUUCGUAUUCUAGAUUCUGCUGUCGUUCAAGAUGCUGAUGGAGAAGGGAAGAUUGUCUAUCUUUUCUUGCCUUUAUAUAAACGAGGGAAUUUACAGGACGCGAUUAACGCCCACCUCAUCAACGGGACUGGCUUCUCGGAAGCUGAGAUGCUCCGCCUGUUUCGCGGCACAUGUGAAGCUGUGCGCGCUAUGCACACCUUCCGUGCCACCACGGCUUCUCAGUCCCAUUCAUCCACGUCGGCUCAACCUAGGCGGGAGAGUAUUCCCGCAUCUGCACGUCCCAGAUCCAAACAGAAUGGGGCAUUGGGCGGACCAGUUGUACACCAUGGAAGUGACGAUGAAGAUGACGAUGAUUUGCUACCCCACCCGGAGGGGGAUGGUGAAGGGGGCUAUAGCUAUGAGCAAGACGGAGGGUCAAGCAUCCCGCUAGUAACUAAACACGCAGUAGAAGACGAGGGGGAUGUCAUUUUUGAUGGCGACGAGGAACUAGCAGACCACAUGCCCAAUGGGAAUGACCCAAGUCAGAUGGAAGUUGUUCCGUAUGCACACCGAGAUCUCAAACCAGGGAACGUCAUGGUAGCUGAUGAUGGAUCUCCGAUCCUUAUGGACUUUGGAAGUGCAAUCCGAGCCCGCAUAAAAAUUGAAACCCGGCAACAAGCGUUGUUACAGCAGGAUAUAGCUGCCGAACAGAGUACGAUGGCUUAUCGUGCCCCGGAGCUGUUUGAUGUAAAAACGGGAGUCACACUUGACGAGAAAGUCGAUAUUUGGUCUCUCGGGUGCACUCUUUACGCUCUUGCUUAUCUGCACUCUCCUUUCGAGACCCUUGCAACGACGGAGCAGGGUGGUUCAAUUGCUAUGGCAGUCAUGAAUGCUGCGUAUAAGCAUCCGCGCGAUUCUGCUUAUUCGCAAGGGUUGCGUGACCUCAUUGAUUCCAUGCUAAAGGCGGACCCCACUCAACGACCUGACAUACAUCAGGUAAUUGAGCAGACCGACGCUGUGUUACGAAGUCUCUCGUAGAGUUCAUCGUGAUCAGUCUUUGUAUUGAUCUCUGUUUUUGUGUGCUAACCUAUGGAUGGACAUCAUGUGCGGAACCAUGGAAAACAAAGUUUGAAAAGUACAUGGAAGAGCAAGCAGCAAUACAAACUGAUACAGGAGUCAGUCAAAAAUUGCAAGAUCCUCUGUUGCACUUGAUCUCCUCCGUUUGGAAUCGGCUUUCCCUGUCUGCUCAUCUUCAUUGCCUUUCUUGGGUCGUUUUGACUUUUUCAAAGGCAUCUCUGUCGGUCCGAUCUCCUUUGGGCCUUUGGGAUCUUCCGGCGCAUCAAAAUAGCGAGAAGGAUUCCUCGAAGAGAAGGACGUUCGGUCCGUCUCCUUCCUUUCCGGCCGUGCUUUCCUCGUGCUUUUAUCCUUUACAGCCCGUGUGUCGGAAAGCUUCGCAAAUCUACCCGCUCCUGCCUUGCCCAUAUGCCCCUUGGUCUUGAUCCUCUGCUCGUCGCGCCGCUUGACCGGGGCUGCGGCGUCGCCACGGAUGGCGACGACACUUUUACUUGCUUCUACGUUUAUCUUGGCUCCUUCGCCUGUCCUCCUUUCUUUCGUUUUACCUUUAGACUUCGCGUUCGUCUUCCCUAUCUGCGUCGGCAUGUUCUGGUCACCGGCCCCCACAUCACCAACGCCACCUUUCUCGUUAGAAACCUCCUUAUUUGAGAUUUUUCGUCUCUUCUGCGGUCUCUCGGAAGUUGAUUUGUCAUGGUGCGAAGCGGAUUCCCUGCCGGCAUCGUUGUCGUUCUUCUUUCCGUCGGGCGCCUCUUUCUUAGCGCGUUUCCUUUUCUUGCGCUCGAUGAUCUGUUUUUUCAGUUCGCGCUUUUUCUUGAGCUUUUCGAGUUUUAUUUGCUGAUAAGGCGCGGAUCGGAUUGAGGAAGUGAAGAAGUGAAGAAGUUAGUUAAAUUGAUUUAAGGAGACGAGUAUUAUUGUAUGCAGCGACUUACUCGCCUGCGUGAACGUUUAGUUAUGCCUUGAGCGUUCGCGACGUAUCGUUGGUCUUGUGAGAUGGCUGUUACGAGGAGCAUUGGAUCUUUCUUCCUUAUGUAUUUUUUCGAUUCCGCUAGCGCGGUGAAUUUUUGAAAACGACGGACAUGUCCCGCAGAUGCAAGAUGUAACUCAACCUGUUUGGCGCAUUUGAGCAUCUUUUUGGGACAUACGAGGCAUGCGUGCCAGUCCUUGUCUGGACGGGAGAGGUAAAUGGGGUUCUUCACAGCCUCCUUGAUUGUCAGGUUCGGUUUGUUAAAAACUACGUCUUUGAGGUCGAUUCCUCCCUCCUCGCCUGAGUCGUCUUCGUCUUCUGAUCCGCUAUCGUUAUCCUCAGCUGCGAGCCAUUCUGUCUUCAUGCCUGAAGCGGCACCUCUGUCCAGGUUAUCAUUGUCGCUGCUGCUCCCAGAUUCGGAACCAGAUUCGGAACUGGUGCUUGCUGAGCUUGAGCUGCUGGACUCGUCGCUAUCGGUAUCGUUCAAU